AUGAACGAUGAUUUCAGUCCAGAUGACAUCAGCAAGCUGGAGUCAGGAAACGAAACUUCCAUGGCUCCGCCGAUCGACCAUCCGCGUUGGGACAACUACAUCAGAGACGACAUCAAGAUGAAAUUCUCGACGGGUCAUGUGAAACUCCACCCGGACUGGAAACCGCCAGAGAAGAGGAAGCCUGGGCCCAAGAAAAUCAAGAUCUUCGACGAUGGUCAGAACAGGCUUGCGCAUCUGAUGUCAUUGAACGGAUCAUCCGUGAAGAUGAAGCGGUACACGAUCUCAGAACUAUCGGACUUCGAGGAGCUCAUGCCCGGCAAAUACGUGCUCUACAAGUCCAAUCACUUUGUCGGGCUCAGGGUGUUCGCCGACGGGACCUGCCACAUUGGCAGGAACCAUCUUCCGCAAGACUGCCUGUGCGCAAGAACCAGUGAACUUGAUCUAGCGAAGUAUGACAUGAUUCUUCAGGUUCAACAACAAGGCUGCAAGACAUCCAUGGAGCGGGAUGUCUCCGGCGGUAGUCCGUCGCUGACAGAUCAACAGAAGCGAAAGAUCGAUGAUUCCAAGCUUGAAGCUGUUGCCAGGAAAGGGAGGCGACUCGCCGCGCUGCGCGGAUUACGACUCCACCACGCAGACCCGGACUCUACCUGGAUUCCGGCGAUUCCUGCGUCGCCGGAAGAGUUCGACCUCUCAACAACUCCCGAUGUGGACAUUCUGAAGCUCGUGCACCCGCACCGUCGGGAUCUCAAAGUACAGUUCCAUUCUGCCAGCCAUGUUUAUGAGGUUCAUGGACAGGCGACGAACGGGUCGGUCACCGGCAUGAUUCACGCCUUCUGCAGAAAGUUUGAUGCUGAUACGACGAUUCAAGGUAUGCAGAAUGGACCCAGAUGGCCUCGCGAAGGGUAUUUGAGAGAACAAGUCUCCAUGCAUUCGCUCGUGCGUCUCAGCACGCUUUGUCCUGAACUGCCUGGGCUCUUUGUCUCACGCCCUCGGAACGAUGCACAGAUUGCAGGACUCCUUCAAAGACUUCGCCACGUGGGCGACUUCGAAGAAGAAAUCGUGCAACUCAGCCUGUCCUCACCAGAAAUCAGGGACAUGUGGAGCCGAGGAUGUAGUGAGGCGGCUCACUAUGGAACGUACAUGCACUACCUGUUCGAGGCUUACUUGAAUGGGUACGAAGUACCAAGAAGUUCGCCGGAGUUUCGUAUGUUUCAGUCUUUCCUGUCCUCGAUCGACCCCCUCGCAACCGUGUGGCGAACUGAAUGGGUGGUUUACGGUGAGGACGAGAACAUCGCAGGAUCCAUCGAUUUUUGUGCGAAGCUGGCAGAUGGUAGCCUAAUGCUUGCAGAUUGGAAGCGCACGUCUGGACUUCGCAACAAGUUUGGCUCGCGGCAACAAAUGCUGCCUCCUCUCCAGCACCUUCCUGAUUGCACUGGAAUGCACUACAGAUUGCAACUCAAUGCAUACCGGUACAUUGUAGAGAAGUACUAUGGCUUUCAGGUUUCCCGGAUGUGCAUCGUGUGCUGUCAUCCGGAACACGGCGAAACGCCAUUGGUGGAUGAGGUGGGUCGGUUUGAAGCCGAAACCGAAGCCAUGAUGGCCAUUUGGCGGGAUGCAAGAGGUGGCGCUGAUGCAUCAUCUCCUCCGUUUCCAGGGAGGCUGGAAACCAGAUUGGAGGUAUGGGAAGGAACUCAACGCCAGCGUGAGACAAUGUCAGCGGAUGGCAUCGCUGGUCGGCGGCCUUACGGGAUGCAAACCCGCAUGAUCGAGCUGGUCGGCUGGAAACGCUACGAGCUGAACUGUCUCCUCAAGUUUCAAAGGGUUUGUGAGCAAAACCAAGCCAUGAUGGCCAUUUGGCGGGAUGCAAGAGGUGGCGCUGAUGCAUCAUCUCCUCCGUUUCCAGGGAGGCUGGAAACCAGAUUGGAGGUGUGGGAAGGAACUCAACGCCAGCGUGCAAGUUUCUUCGGCGAGUUUCCGAACAGCAUCAGGAUUCUGCCGCGCCCAAGCGAGUGUCAGAUUGACAGCAAGCGGGUUUGGGAAAAGAAGAUGUACAUCAGCCGCAACUUACUCGCUAUGCUGGUUGAUGACUACCACAACAAAGGAUAUAUCGUCUAUCUCUACAUCUGCAACUUAUUGAGACAUCAUCCCGCGCAGCGUCGAAUGUUCGAGACUGCCAUCCCACAUCCUGCAACUGCUAGUAUGGAAUCAAGAAUGUGGCUUGGCGCCGUCAUUGAUUUCCUGGUGACUCAUGUUCCUCCACGCCUGUAUGUGAGCGUGCGGUGCAAGAAGGAUGUGCGAGGCGGGUCGCAAGAAUCAAUCAUGCCUCCUGUUGGUGUAAACCCUGAGACAGACGCAGUGAUGCAGCAGCCUGAUGUGGAUGGCCAGCCAGAGCGGCUCAUGGGCUUAUCUCAGGAGCUAGAAGGUUUCAGCGACGAGGCUCAGCAUUCGGAGCAUCUGGAAAGAGCGCGGAAACGGCGAACUCUACCGGGCGCUGCUACGACGACAAAAAACUUCGAGCUGGACCUGGGUAGAUACAACGCUGCUUGUGACAUCUCCCUAGACGGAGCCGUGCAGUUCUCUGAAUCUGGUGAAGCCACAAUUCUACAAAGAGUUGAGGGUUUGAAGCGCUGGGUGUUGCAACGUAUGCCGAAUCUGGACGACGACAUGCUCCGUCUUGCAGUGGGGGCUGUGUCAGUCUACAGGCUUCGUUUGUGGGGCAUGCACAUACGAGAGCAUGUCCUGCUUCUUUGGAUUGUUGAGGGAGGCGAACACAUGAGGUGCCAUGGUGGAAAUCUGUACUUCUAUCAGCAUGGUGCUUUCACGGUCCACAGAGGUAUCCCCCCUCAAGCUACUUUGGCUAGAUGCAAAAAGUUCGUCUUGGUCCUGGAAGGCUUCUUUCGUUCCAUCACUCGCUCAAGGUUGGACAAUGACCAGCAAGUUCUAGACGAGUUGUCAACAUUACUGUCGCAGAGAAACAAUUCCCGGGAGCUGAUGCAAGACUGCGAGACUGCAGCCUUGCGUGGGAGUGGAAAGCGCUUGCCGCACAGACGAGCACGUUCUGCUGCGCCAGUGGGCGAUGGGGAAGAAGCGCAGGAUGCUCCAGCUGCUGCAGACGAGUCUGGGUCGAAUGCACUGGCAGACGCCCUCUCCAAGAUAGGGUUGGCAAUGCAAAGGCAGCUUCUCGAAGACCGAAUUUUCAAUCUCGUGGUAGAGUGGUGCGACACGCCGCAGGUCCGUGCGGCGGGAUGCUCGUACCAGGAUUGUGCAGUCAUGUACGACCUGAAGUCAGACCAGCCCGUUACGAUGGUUGGUGACAGUCCGAACAACAAUCUGUACCUCCACAUCGCACACCCCCUCAUGCAGCGUGGACUUCCAGACCCUGUGCUGAAACAAGCAGAGGAAAGACUUCUCAAGUUCUAUGCGCAGACAUUCUGGCUAAACAACGAGGUCUUCGCCUGCAACCAAGCCGCAAUCGCCCUGGCCAAACGUGGCGAAAAUAUCGUAAGUGUGGGGCAAUCUCUCUACAGUGCCCACCUUGAUGCAGUCUACUCUCCGAACCACAAGUUCAUAGACCCCAACAUAUGGUACGACGAAUCCGAAAUGAGGAAACAAGUCGAGCAGAGUGCCGGCUGCUUCAUACUCACCGCGCAAGAGGCCCCCGAAACCAACAAAAAGAUGCGUGAAGAUUUGUUCAAGAAGACGAUGUCAGCGGAUGGCAUCGCUGGUCGGCGGCCUUACGGGAUGCAAACCCGCAUGAUCGAGCUGGUCGGCUGGAAACGCUACGAGCUGAACCGUCUCCUCAAGUUUCAGGGGGUUUGUGAGCAAAACCUGCCGUCAGUCCUCAGACGGGGUUUGGUUUGGAAGCCCAUGGCCAGGUUCAUUGAGGAGUCUGUUAUCUUCGAGGUGUAUCCCGAUGCCAAUCUGGAUGGUUACUUUUCUAAGGAUGACACUUUGAAGGAUUUCCUCAGAUCUGGCCCCGCAGUUGCGGCUGCUUUGCGGAUUCAGCAUGGUUUCGAGACACUGCACACUCGACAGCAUUGCGUGGACAAGAUUGAGAACUAUGCCAACCAGCCCUUUACGGAAGAUCGUAUCAGGUCUGCGUGUGGUUUGCCGAAGAAGGUCCGCUCGGGGGAAAGUGCUGCUCAGCUGCGAGUGCCAGUGGAUCCAUCCAGCCAGGAAGAUGAGGAUGACAACAAGAAAUCAGAAGUUGAUUCUUUCUCGCCAAUUGGGGAGCUUAUCAAGUCACACUGCCUUCAGAGCGGCAAGACUGUGAUGACCAAGACCAUGUUUGUUGGCUACCUGCGCAUGCCUGCUGGGCAUCCGAAAGAGCUCAGCAAGGAUGCCAUUUGGCAAAAGCUUCUGGAACACAGACUUCUUCUUCCAGCCAAAGAUACUGCCAAGUACAAGGACUCCGCUAUACCUUUCAUCGCUUGCACAAAAUCUUUGGGCGGCAUCGUCAGUGUGGAUGUUGCUGAGGACACGACAGAGCAUCGCGAAGUUCAUGAUGUUUCUGCCUUGCUGAAGUACGCGCAUGGCUGCGAAGAUCGCGAGGCGAACGCUGCAUUGGUGAUAGCUUAUUUGGACAGCCAGAUAAACUCUGGAAAGGGCGUGGGCAAGGGCAACAAGUUGCCCGAGGCGCUUGAGAAACUGAAAAGCCUUCGCAGUAAGCUGUCGAUUGCAGAGGAACUGCUGUCCUGUACGUGCGAGAAAGCAAGCUCGUCCUGGGCGCGGGAAAGCAAGUCGAGUCGCCCGGAUGUGCAGCGUCUCAAACGACGCAGGACUCACAAGCAAGCUGACGACACGGCAGAGCCUGAAGCAGUGGAGAUUGAGCCUGCUGAGCUCCCCGAGCCUGAUACGUUCGUCCAAGAGAGAGCCUUUGUUUAUGAAAGAAACUUCCAGAACAUGAUUCGCACCCGAGCAUAUGUUAAGGGCGACGGAGCUCAGAAGUUUUCACGACGUAUGCUCCGUGUUCUUUGUCCUCAGACUGUGGACUUCGAUAUUCAGAACGCUGUGUUUGUCAUCCUUCAACAGCUAGUGCAGAAGCUGGAUGUAUCAUCUUCCAUGCCACAGGCGCUACUCGAUAUCCUUGCAGACUGUGCUGCGAAACGAAAAGAAAUCUGCGAGAACAAGCUCAACUUGUCUGAGAAGAAAGGCAAGCACUUGCUUCACGAACUACUAUUCGGGGGAAUACCACCAGCAUCUUUAGCACAAAACCAUUUCGUGAAGGACUUCCAGCAGCUGUCCUUGUGCUUGCGAUGGCUUGCCUGCAGCUUGUUGCCAGAAACGUAUGCCUUGGUCAAGGACAUGUCCGCCAAGAAACAUCCAGAGGCUUCAGCUUUAUUCUACCUCUAUGCAGCUGUUGAGGACUACAUCCUUCAGGCCUGGGAAGUCGCAGUCGUGAGGUUGAAGCCCAAGCACCUUUCCUUGCACUUUGACGGUCUACGCUGCAUGGGUAUGGAGACGGAAAUGACUACAGGUCAGCUCUGCACGCACUUUGCCGAGCACAUAAAAGCAGCUACAGGCUUCGAUGUCGUCAUUGUUGAGAAGGAGCAUUUGCUGUUCUCUGAGAUGUGUUUCGGGACUGAGGAGAAGAUAGACAAGCUUGAUUUCGACAGUGCCAUGAAGGCACCUGGCAACUGUAUCUGCCUGGCACUUGCUAACCUCUUUCCGAAUCGCUUGGAGCAGAUAAAGAAAUGGGUGAAAGGGGCCACGUCCGACAAUGCAGAUGCUGAGCGCACGUGUUCCAGAUCGUACAAAAAGACGUUGCAUGGGCUCAAGGUUCAUGCUGUGCCAUCCAUGGAUCCAGUCUUUCAGGUUGGUGGCAAAUACCUCAUCCAUGCUGAGAACGGGGGGCGUCCGCAUUGCAUCUCUUGUGUGGUUCGUGCUGAGGAUGAUGUUGUUUUGGUGGACUCCCGCGGGCGAACUUACAGCACAGUGUCACAAGUCACAGGCUUCGCAGAGACUUGCGUCGACUCCAAAUCCAUCGUGCUGUUCAGGUGCUUUGAGAAACAACCCGGUCCGAUCCCGCCUGCGCAGGCUCUGAAAGAAGGCCAAGAGAUACUCCUGAAUCUUCAAGCGGGAGCUGGGCAAGACGAGUGGGCAUCUUGCUUGACUCAGCCGGCUGACUCAUCACUUCAGGAGUCGUCCGACGAUGAGGGUGGAGAUCCCGAGGCAGAGCUCGACGAGUCCCUAGUCCAGGUGUCGAACACCCUCUUGCGUUCGAUGGAGCUUGAGGUGUCCCGUCAGCUCGAGACCACGUCCAACACCAAGAAGUGUCCGUUUUGUCCUUUCCGUACAUUUCAGAAGAACAGUCGAGUGCAGAGCCAUGUUCGGCGCUACCACACGGAGGGACGGCAGUUCGUAUGCUCUGGGACAAAGCAACUGAAGAUAGUUGCGGCGUUGUUUGAUGACGAUCAGAUUUCCGGAAGCCCGGGUGGCAAAUAUCUUGAGAGAAGCGCCUGCAUCCUUCGUCAGAGCAUCGUUCCUGGGUUGUCAGUUUCUCAAAACGAAAUUGACCGCUACAUUCGCCUGGUACUUACAGCCGAUGGACCCUUGUUGUGCAAUCUCUCCGCCCUUGGUGACACCAUGCAUGUAAGACGAGCCAGGAACUUGUAUUAUGACCAGGGUUUUGCCGAGCUUGUCUUCCGAGAAAUGCUCAUGUGCAGCGGGAAGUGUCAGGCAGCCAAAGCAAGAAUCCUUACAUUCCUCGCUGGCCGCAAAGCUCAGCUCCUGUCACUCCUGCCGACUAUGGCAGCGCACUGGUGGCCGCUGAUAGAGGACGUUUUCGCUGCGCCAGUCUUGCAGGCAUGUUCCAAGAAGAUGGUUGACUUCUUCAUUGAUAGAAGGGAGUUCGAAACCAUCUCCAUUGAUGCGACGAUAAAGUGCUGCAUGGCCGUCAUGGGUCAAGAAUCGUGCCGUCGCAGUGCGACAAAGCGAAAUGCGGCGCCGUUCGACGACGAGUCCGCCUAUCGAAGGGUGCUGACGGUUCGGGGCCGCACCAGUGCGGUUCUCGCCAUGGUCGCAGUCCCGAACGAGAAGGCUGAGGAAGUUAGUUUGGCCUUGUCCAAGGCCCUCCCUGUGGCGGGACUUCGUCAGACCCAAUGCGUCGCCGCAGACAAUGCCUCCCUGAAGCUUUAUGCAGAGCUUGCAAGGAUAUUGCCCAACCUCCAAGCCCUCUGCCUGGACCCCAUACACCUUGCUAUUGUUUACGAGUACGCGACCUGGCGGAAAAAGACGCAGGGUGCAAGAUUUCUCAGGAAAAUAUUGCAGAAAUUCAUUUCUGUCGAUCCCAAAGCCGCAGAAGGGUCAUUCGGCAUAUUUUUCCAUGGGCACGAGGAGCGAAAUCUAUCUCUCCAAGAAAUACGAGUCAGGGACCAGAUAUCAAACGGAUCCAUGCUACCGGCGAAGGCCAAGCGCAUCUAUGCAACGCUUGAUGGAGAGAAGCCUUUCAGGUCUCGCCUCGAGUAUGUGGAGGCCCUGGCCGCACUGGCUGCUUUGCACCCUGAGGACAUGGCCCGAAAGGUUACUGGUGCGAACCAAUAUGUCAGCCACGUCCUCUGGUGCUCCUGUUCACCAAUGCGGCUGGAAUGGUUGUGGAAUAAUCUCCGAUGGCGAGCCUCUGACCUGACGCUCCUACCUGCAGGCACAAGCUCCAAUGAGGCAUUGCAUGCCGAAAUCAAGAACUGGUUUUCACGUAUCCAGCAAAUCCACCAGAGUACUCUUCAACUGAAACUCAGCAUCCUCACCCUCUCAAAGCAGUGGCCGCACUUCACCGCAUUGCGGAAUCCAACUCUAAGCCAGAUGUCGGGUCAGUCACUGCUAGCUCGACUGGCUGGCAAGAGUCUUUGGACCUCGGACUCGUGGCGGGAAUGGUGCAUGGCUAAUGUAGAAGAAGACGUCGUCUGCAAGGCGGAUAUUCCAUUGGAGGAAAGCCGUCGGGUUGAGAGGCGACUAGUGAGGCAGUGGUCCGUUAAGCGGCCAGCUGCCUGCCAAAGAUCUGCGCAGCCGAAGCGGAAACGCACGGUGUUCACUAUGGAGAGGGACCAUAAGCUAAGGCGACAGGGAACAAAGCGUAGCUGA